AUGAAUGAAACAAAUUUAUAUGUUUCUUCUCUCAUUAAAGGUCAAAGUUGUGAAGAGAGUAUAAAUCAAGUUUCACCAGUAAAAUCAACUGACAUCAUACCUUCUCCAGCAGCCACUGUUCCUAACUUUGUUUCAUUACCACAGACAUUGUGUUUUACUCAACCAAGUCUAUCACAAGCAAUAACCUCUGCUCCUCAUAUCACAUCAGGAACACAUACUCCAAUCAGUAUCCUUGGAUUUCCAGUUAAUCAAUUCAAUCAAUUUGUUCAUCAAAUACCAAUCAAUCAGUUCACAUCUGCUGUUCAAGGAUUUCCUAUCAAUCAGGCUAUUUUUACCACUGGUCAAGGACAAUUUUUACAAGGAUCAUGUAACCCAUUUUCACCAUUGAUUAUGAAUCCUCAACAAUCUGUCAUGACAAACACAUUGAUUGGCUCGCCUGCAAAUACAGGAACCAUAGACACUAUGACACCAUUGUCCAUAAUUUCCACACCACUAAGUUUACCAAGUUUUGUAGAACCCCAUGUUGAAAUAGAUAGUGAAACAGAAACCAAGAAAUUAUUACAAUAUGAGUCAUCUAAAGAUUGUUUUCAGCGAUUGGAUAUCUGUGAUGCCCCUUUUUUUGAGGAAGAUGACAAACCAAAAGAGGUCGGCUACCUUGAAACUGUUGAAAAAGAAUGUGCUCUUCCUGAAAUUAUUCUGGAGAAUAGCAACUUUUUAAAUACCGAUCAAAAUUUAAAUUUAGAAAGUUUAUCGUAUAAAAAUAGAAGUAGUGAUCAAAUCGAAAACAAUAACUCAAAACUUCCUUCAAUGCAAACAGAAAUGCCAUCCUCACCACUCGUAGAUCAUUCAAAAUUAAAGGAUUCUGAAGUUCUUGUUAGUCCAGCAUGUAAUGCAUUUCAAGUGGAGGAUGAAAAGAUGUCUGAAAUUAUGAGAAGAUACAGGCGCAAUUUAAAUCCAAAGAAAAAGAAAUCAAGCAAACAUCAUCAGGAGAAAGAGAGUGAUAAAGACAAAACAAUAAAAAAAGAGUAUAUUUCUGACAGAGAGGAAGUCAUAUUUGUGCCAGAAGUAAAAGAUUUCGCAUCUUUAAACGUUAAUGAUUUUAAUGGAGCUAUAAUUAUUGUGUGGCAAUCGAUUUAUUGA